CUGAGUCAAACAGUUGCUGGGCAUGCAGCAACUACUUCGCUCCUGCACAAACCAGCUCCUUUUCUGCAGGCUGCUGGUUUCGAGCAACAAAAUUACGGUGCCAGCUGGCUCCACAAUCAAAGGCUGCACUUCACCCAGCAGACGAGAUGUUGCUACCAUGGCUGAGCCUCAUACCUGUGCUUUUCUGUGUCUCCGCGGACAGUACAGAUUAUUCGACAUUGCACAUGGACUCUGUGACUGGAGUUUUGGAAGACUUUGAAUCCCAGCUGAGAGGGACCCCAGACCAGACUGUGACAGAGCUUUUCCGGGAGCUGGAGUGUUGCAAGGGCGAGCUCUGCCAGCUUCUCCUCGGCCCGGUGACUUCGGCGCCCUCAGACGUGUCUUAUUUGAGUGAGCAGCAGAGCAUUUUCCUCAAAAACCUGGUGAACCACGAGGUUGACGCCUCCUUGGUAGAACAUGGGGUGGUCUUGACUCCUGAUGGGACUACAGUUUCGCUCAGUCCCCUUCUUGCUGGGAUAGCUGUAGGGCUCCAGAGGAGCCAUAAGGAGACUCUGCAUGCCACACCUUUGAUCGCCAACUCCACCAAUAGUUCUGUGGUAGAGCUACCCCUUACUCUGGAGCCCCUCUUCGCCACAACAAUCGCCAUGGACCUCGGCAAAGCCUUUCUCCUCUUUCACACCAACCGAAGCCAGGUGGCCCUGGGACCAGACGGCUGCUGGGACAGCAUCUCUGCACCUCAGAAAUUCACCUUGAUGGGGGCUCCCUCGACUCUUCCAGAUGCUUUCAUCAAUGGUGCAAUGGAUGGCCUCAUUCUUGGUACUUACUUGGCAGAGAAAGCAGAUCCGCCAUCCAACCUCAGUGUCCUGCUGAAGGAUUAUUAUGGUGGAGAGGGCCUAGGAGGUGAAAGUGCGAUGCAGAGCAACUUCCGACGAAAGAACUUUGCAGCUCUGGUGAGCGAGGAAAAGCUGAGGAUGCAAGUAGAGGAUUCUCUCCUCCUGCUCCGGAGGCUGAAUGAAAGCAACCCCUUGUUUGAUGGCCUCACAAAUGAAGAACUGAGAUCUGUCGCAAACCAGGCUGUAGAAGAAUUCACGGCUUUGUAUGUAGAGUGUCCUGCAAUCAUCCCACGGUGCAUGUGGGGUGCCCGACCCUACAGAGGAACACCCGCGCAGCUUCAGUUGCCCCUGGGCUUCGUAUACAUCCACCACACUAGCACCCCUGCAAAGCCAUGCCGAAUCCCAUCGUGUGCAGCGGAUAUGCGCUCGAUGCAGAGAUUCCACCAGGAUUUCCGUGGCUGGGAUGACAUUGGCUACAGGUAA